AUGAUAGUAUCCAGAAGACACAGAAGAGUCUCCGUUCUCUUGCUAGUGCUCGGGCUAUGUACGAUAGGGAUGCUUUUCACUGAGACGGGGCAGGACUUUGUGGACAAGGUUGUGGGGACUUCAGUUUCGGACAUGAUAGACUAUGACUCCCACCUGGGCGGUUCAUUUAUCGAUAAGCUCAACGCCGUGGUAGAGCCAUUGAAGGAGAAGGAUACGUUCUUGAAAUACAUGUUAGAUGUGAAGGCACAAAUUGAUACCAAGAUCAAAUUGCCCAAAUACCUUAUAGACGAGAAGGACCAGAGUCCCAGAAUCCAGACAUUCGACCCGAGGUUUACUCUUGGAUUGCUAUUCCACGAUCUAAGCAGACAGAUCGGGACGUCAAAGAGGGAGCUGAGAGAGGAGCAAGAAACAACAAACAACAACGACGAUACAGAGACUAAAGAAGAAGCUGGCAUUUCUUCGUAUGACUUAAACGUAAAGUACUUCCAUUGGGCAGACUGGAGAGACCUCUCCAGACUAGAUCAGUACAUCUUCAGUGAUGAGCCAUUCAGGUGCGAUGACAUCUUUAAAGUCUUCCCUGCCAAGAAAGAGCAGGAAGUGUACAAUCCGGUCAGUUACUGUAUAAAUGACGAUGAUUUAGAAUAUGUGAUCAAAGAUAAACACACUGAUGCUAAGCUUAAGGCAAAAUUACAAAGGAUUGCGGAUAAUCCACAAUCUAGUCUGAAGUUCCAUAUUUUCCAGUACUCUGGAAGAACUACCCAAGACAGGAGGCUAGUUCAUGGGAACUCUUACUUGAAUGACUUUAUGGACCCACCUCAAAAGAUCUUGUUCCUUAUUCAAAAUACUGACGAUGAUAACCAAGUCAAAUCAAGAGGUAUUAUUGUAAAUGUAAACCAAGAUUUGAAAAAUCGUGAAAGGUUAAUCAACACACCGAUAAUUGAAGACUAUAUCAAUGAAGUAAGAUCUAUUGACCCAGAUAAGGAUGUAUUUAUAGAUGCAAAGGAACAGUUUAACAAGUUCAACACCAAGUUAGGUAAAUCCAACUCUAAAGAUACCUCAGUGAACCCAAGCAUCGAAUUGACCAGUGAUUUAUUCGAAGACGACUCUAAGAAUAUUUUGGCCGGUUUGAAUAAACAAAAGAAGGAAUUAGGGUCAUUGUCUGCCUCUGACGAAUUAUAUAGAGCUUCGUUGGAAUUUUCUUCAAACCCGGAUACGGACUCCUUUAAGUACUUCUCAGAAGCUAAGUUAUUAAGGAAGGAAAAGAAUUGGGCAUUCGGUGCUCACUAUGAUUGGAGAUUCUUUAAUGGGGUAAGCAAUGGCGGCGAAACAAUGAAGCCCUCCUUAUUUGGACUAAUCAAGGCUUGGUUGCAAUUAACUCAAACCUACGAAAUCAAAACGUGGAUUGCACAUGGAUCCUUACUCUCUUGGUAUUGGAAUGGUAUAUCAUUUCCCUGGGAUUUUGAUAUCGAUGUUCAAGUGCCAAUUGCAGAUUUGCAUAAAAUUUCACAAAUGUUUAACCAAAGUUUAAUUGUAGAUCUUGGUGAAGAAGGUGAAAGCUACUCAGGGACUGGAGUGAGGUAUGGUAGAUACUUUUUGGACUGCGGCACAUUUAUAAGUCGAAGAGACCGUGGAAAGGGCGAAAACAACAUUGAUGCUAGAUUCAUUGACGUUGACACUGGAGCAUACAUUGAUAUCACAGCACUAGCAUUGUCAGAAACAAAAGCUUCCUCAAGAUACGUCACAAAGGAUUUACCAGAGUCCGGUUUCCCUUCCGAAUACGAAAGAAACAAACAGGGUCAAUUGUACAAUUGUAGAAAUAACCAUUUCUCAUCAUUGAGUGAAUUAAAUCCACUUAGAUUGACCCUUCAUGAUGGUGUACCAGCUUAUAUUGUAAACAAUUACGAAAACAUCCUCAUUGCUGAAUAUAGGAAGAAGGGAAUUGUGGAGAAGAUAUUUAAAACAAAGGUAUUCCUUCAAAAGAUCGGUCUCUAUGCGGAUUUGAAGAAGCUUCAAAGCUGGACCAAAAGUCACCAGCCUGAUGUUCCAAUUCCACAGGGAUCUAUAGACGCUGGAUUCCGAAACUAUAGAAGCGAAAGAAAUUUCGAUCCGUUCCGCAAAUGGUCAGACGACCACUGGGUUGAGUAUUUGAAAUCAGAUACUGAUUUAUUAAUGGAAUAUCUUAUGACCCAUGAGUUAACUGAAUUCCACAGACAAGAAUUGAAACAGCUUGAAAGCGGCAAACUGACUGAGGCUAUGCUUGUAGACAAUGAAGGAAACUUGAAAUUCAAAUAUCCUGAGAUUCGCCAUGAUUACUGGAGUUACAUGGAAGCCAAGGAGCAUCUGACAUUCGAUGUAAGAGUAUCUUCUACAUUGAACAAAUAUAAGGAGUGGAAAUCACAGCAGGAAGAACACCCCAAGAGUUCAUUGGACCAAAUUUUGGCUAAGGCAAAGGAAAUGGCAGAAGAGAAGAAGAUUCUAUAG